AUGUCGGAGCAUCCUGAUGCCGCAGCAUGGAGUCUGUUUGAGGACGAGGCGACGCACUCAUCCCAGAGUAGCACUUGGCAAUUGAAAGAUGAUGACCAUGCCUGCAUUUUCAUGGCCUUGGAAAGCACCCUUUUGUCCUCGAUACUAUUGACUGCAUCUGAAACAAUCAUGCUGCUCCGGCUGCAGCUGCCGGCUGUGUGCCGCUUUUUCUGGCACGUGAUGUCGGAGGAGCCCCUAUGCUGGCGCCAUCUCACGCUAACUGCAUCACAGCUUCCCUGUGCUUUCGUCACCGAUGAGGUGGUUUGUCGCUUGGCCCGUCUCCAUGGUCCCAAGUUGUUGCAGGUCUCCGUGGACGGAGCACGCCUACUGGGCCCAUCUUCAGUCUCAACGAUCGCUUACAACAGCCCUCAGUUGCAAGGAUUUUCAGCAGUUGGAUGUCAGGGAAUCAGCUUUGCAUCCAUACGCUUCCUGUGCAAAUCCUGUCCUGUCUUGGAGAUCCUGAGAGUGGCAGGCUGUGGCUGCGAGGCGGAUGUCCUUGGCAAGACCGGCGCAGACAUGCUAGCGCAGACGCUGGCUGAGAAGUGUCCUCGCAUACGGCAGGUUGCACUUUCCAACCUGAGGCAAGAGGAGAGUUUGGCAGCACUUCUCAAGUCUACUGACUUGGAGACUCUUGAUCUCUUUGAUUGCCAGCAGCUCUCUUGCAGCGAAGCCACCUUUGACUUAAGGGCACAGCGGUUGCAAUCCCUGAAGUUAGCAGGAUGUACGAAGCUGACAUCUUUGAAUGGUUGCUUCAGUGCUUUGCAAACGCUCUACUUGGGUGGUUGCGUUCGCUUUGCAGAUGCUGACUCCUUGGGUUGCAUAUUGAAAUCAUGCAGCAAGACCUUGACUUUCUUGAGUUUGGUGGACUGUCACAGUCUUUCAACGAUUGGCUUGAAGGCUGCCUUUCAGCAAGGCGGACAAUGUAGCCUUCAGACUUUGGUGUUGGGAGGUUGCAGAGUUGAUGAUGCACUUUGCCAAUUGCUUGGAUCUCUUUGCCCCGCAUUGUCUUCUCUUGACUUGUGGAACUGCCCUCAUGUCACAAAUAUCGGCGUCUCUGCAAUUAUUCAAUCCGAAGCUUCUCUGAAAGAAUUGAACUUGCGAGAGUGUUUGAAAGUCCAAGGAGCAGUGCUCCUGGAAUUCUGCAGAUCCACCUCGCAACUGCGAACCUUAGAUAUUUCCUUUCUUGGCGUGGUCAAUGAUGAGCAUUUAUUGCCACUACUCCAAGAACAUUCUGAGAGCUUGUCUUGCUUGAACUGUGGUGGGCCCCGCUGCUUCAUCACUGAGAGGCUCCUGUCAUCCUUACCUCCAAGGCUGGAGGCGCUGGACCUGGCGGAUUGCAAGCUCUUACGCGACAUUGAAGACCUCACCAAGCUCCAGAGUCUUGCAGCACUCAGCCUAGAGGGUUCGGUCGCCCCAAUGGGCCAGGUUUUGGAGAUUUGUCGUCGUUGUCCCAUCACAUCCCUGAACUUAUCACGCUGUGCAGUGGGAGAUGAGACCGCCAAAGAAAUUGCCUGCUUAUUGCCGAAACUGAUCGAGCUGGAACUGAGUGGCACCCUGCUGAGUGAUGUUGGUUUUAGAGCUAUCACUCAGCAAUGCCGCCGUUUGGUUCAACUGGGUCUUCGCAGCUGCGCCAUCAGCAAAGCUGCUGUGGAUGACGCGAAGAAAACGUUGCCCGCAUGUGUUGUGGAUUGGGAUGAAACCUGA